CCACCAUCCGUGAUUUCAUAUCUCAGAGAGUACUGGCUCGAUUACAAGCCCUACUGGUCUGCCAUCUACCACCAGGACAGAACCAUUCUGGAAGAAUGUGAUACGAACAUGCUUGUAGAAGUCUGGCAUCAUUUGUUGAAGGGCCAUUUUGGUGAAGGCAAGCGCAAUCGCCAUCUCGAUCAUCUGAUAUAUCUCUUAGUUGUGGUCUCAAUGCACUAUUUCAUUCACUGA